AUGAUUAUUGUGUUAUUGAGUUUAAUUAAUUUAGUGUUUGGUCAAGUGACAGGUUGUAUGACAAGAUGGUAUACAGCCAUUAGUGAUAAUAUUGGAAGUUCGAAUGGAAUGGUAGCAAGUCAAGUAAUAAGAAAUCCAGAUUGCUUUAAUCAAAUAAAUGAAUAUAAAAGACUUGUUGCAGGACAUUUAACAAAUAUGGAAUGUUAUAUUUAUGAAAAGCACCUAACUAAACGAAUUUCUGAUUAUAAUUCUAGUAGAUGUGGUCAAUGUUUGGAAAUUACAGGACCUACUCAAAGACCAUUUGUAUGUAUGAUAGCAGGAACAUUUAAAACAAAACCAAACCACAAUCUAACAGAAUCUGAUUUAGAAAGAAUUGUAUUUGUAAAUGAUGAUAAUUAUAAUUAUAUUGCAACCAUUGUACAUGCAUCUGCGAACCAUGCAACUCAAGUAACUGUAAGAGCUAUUUCUUGUCCAUUUCAGUACAAUCCAUCACUUGUAAUAAUUGGUGAAGAUUUAUUAAGAAAAGAAAUGGUAAAAGUUCAAGUGAUUAAUUCUAAUACUAUUCAUAAGUAUCUCAUCUAUGAAAAUAAACAAUAUAGAAUGAAUAAUGAAGAUGGAACUUAUUCCCUUCCAUUAUUCACUAAUAAAACAAUAAAAUUAGUUUCAUGGAAUGACCGACAGAUUGUUUUUAAGAACGUUAGUACAAUAAAUAAUUCUUCAUAUUUUACUGGUGAGACACAAUUUACUGAAUUGGAUAGGUCAAAUCGUUGUAAAUUUAUACCACAAAAUCAAACAUUUGGUCCAAUAGUUUCAGCAAUGGAUAAUUCCCCAAUUAAUAGAUAUUUUACAUGGACUCCAACACUUCUUUAUUCAAAUGAAACAAAAAAAGUAUUUAACAUAUUUGGAACCAAUCAAUUAGUAUUUGAUAAUAAUUUAAAAAACGCAUUAUUUACUUUUACCUAUCCUUCUGUUAUGAAACUUACAGAAAUAUUUAAAGUAUUUGUUCUUUAUUUUAAAUUUAAUUCAAAGGAAAACAUAUUAAUUAAUUCAUUUAAACUUAUAAUUGAAGAUUUUAAUGAUAAACUUGGUAUUACUCAACAAACUAUUUGUUCAUUAGAUCAAAUGAAAAUAACAACACUUGAAAAUGAAAUGAAAAUUGAACUUUCUUUAAAUUCACAACAGUGUGAAGGAUUUGUAAGUGGUAUUCAAAUGAACAUAACAACAGGACCAACAACCAACUUAAUUUUAAAAAAAGCUCAAUUCAGUUAUCAAGACACUUAUAAUGAAGUGAAUCAAUGUGGGUUUGAAACGUUGUAUUGUAAUACAAUGGAAUGUACUCCUGAAGAAAAGUUUAGAAAAGGAUGUGAACCAAAUUGUGGGUCAUGUGUUGUUGGGUAUCAAUGCAAUUCUCUAGGAAAAUGUGUGAAAAAACAACCAAAAAAUACAAGAAAUAGUGGGAAUAUUAUACCAAUCACUAUGUCUUUAUUUAUUGUAAUAGCCUUUGUAUUCUAA